CUAGUGCAUCGUUGGGGAAGAAUGCCAAUCAGGGGGGACCAUCGAGAUGUACGAUCCCGUACGCUCUUAGACUUGAGCGAACUUGAAGCUGAUAGUUUGACCUUCGGCCAGGGAAGGAAAGAGUCUACAAACAUCCCCGGAAAAGGGGGACAGCAGGGCGCAUGAUCGGAGUUAAGGGCGUUACGCCAACGUUUCCUUUGGACCACCUGGUCGACAUCUCUGCGGCUUUGCUGGGUGUGACGAGCAGGGAUAUUUGCUCUGAUGUAAGUGUCAAAGAAGAAGUAUCUAUCCAAGGAGGUCCGGACUCAAGCUGUAUACUCUACCGGGAGGAACCACUGGAAAUCGCACCAGGGCCACUGCAGUCUAUUUCUUCCGAGACCUGGCAGUUUCUGAGGUUCAAAAAUGCAUUGGAUAUUCCCACAAUGACCCUCCGGCGUGCGCUCUUGGACGCAUAUAUAGCCUUCGUUCAUCCCAGCAUGCCAGUGUUGGAUCUACCUCGAGUACUUGACAGCAUUCUGAUGAGCCAGGAUGAGUGCCGUCUAAGCCCCUUGUUGUUUCAAGCAAUGAUGUUUGCGGCGAGCGCCUUUGUCGAGACUCAAGCGCUGCAAGCAGCUGGGUACCGGUUUCGAAGUGACUUGAGGAGGGACCUUUUCCACAAGGUGAAGGUAAUCUACGAGAGCGACAUGGAAGCCGACUCAACUAUCCAGAUACAGGCUCUUCUACUUAUUAGCGACUGGCACGACUGUGCAAAUAACCCCAAGGAUCCCUACUACUGGAUUGGUCUGGCAGUAUCCACAGCGCAUAGGCUUGGCCUACAUGAAAAGUCUUAUGACGGCCUGGCUAGCUUACGCAAACGGCUCUGGUGGUGCAUAUACGCCCAAGAUAUCCGUGUCAGCCUCAAACUUCGCCGUCCCAGACAAAUCAAGGAUACCAUUGUCACGGCCGGCUUUUUACAAGAAGAAGACCUAGAAAUUGGGCAUGUUAAAGACCGAGUUCGCUCAGAGUUCAAUAAGUGUGCCGAUCUUUUUGAACCCGAGAGUACACGGCAGCUAAACCAACUAUAUAUGCAUAGCAUCAAUCUGUGCGUCAGGAUCGGGCGUGUGCUGGACGACUUCUACACGCCGUCGUGGACCCGUAAUGUGUUAAUCGAGUCGCCCGUGCUGCUUGUGCCUAAAAGGCCAUUCUCAGCGCAAAUGGACUUGCGGGCUGAGCAAGCCUUUGAAGCUUUAGCAGCCUCAUACGCGGUCUUUUCGAGCGAGGAAUGCCUACUUGCAGCGGAUAUACGGGGCGAGGUAGGGUCAGUUGGUCUCAGCUUUGCGAUGCAAAAUGCAGAGUUACAUAUUAUGUAUCACUUGGCCCGGUGCAUCCUGUCUCAUGCAUUACUAUCUUCCUGUCCGCCAUUUACCUCGCUCCUCUGGAAAGAAAAGCUGCGCAGUGCGACGUACGACAUUAUCUCGGUUCUGCAAUUGCUCUGUGCUUCCCGUCCACAGGCUGCUUUCCCCAGCAUAUGCGUUCCUGCAGUCUCACUUGUCACGGCAAUUAUUGUAACGGGCUUGGAUGACAAAAAGGAGGACCAGGGGGUAAAGGAUCGAUCGCUUUCUAACUACCAUUUCUGCAUGAAUAUUGCCAAGAUUCUCCAGGAGACACACCCUGCCGCAUAUAUGAUUUCUAUGUCUUCGAAUUCGGGAAAUUGCUGGUUAUUUCGGUAGAGCAAACAUGCGGCGAACCUCACCAUUGAAAGUGAAUGUAAAAUGUAUCUAAAGGAAAGCUCGUAUACUUAAACUACCAGCACGACGCUACGGCUCGACGCGCAGAAUCUACAUUGAAGUACUCGGGCAGCUUGGCCUGCCCAUCUACUGGGCUGUAUAUCCACCAUCAACUGA